GUAAGGCGACACUGUGGUGUAGUUUUAGUAACGAUAUUGUAGAUAACAGCGGCUUGAAAGGUCGAAUUAAGAGAAUGCUCGCUGUCUUUACACUAACGUAAUGUUAAAGCUUAGCAGCCACUUAGUGUCGGCUGUCUGUUGCUAUGGGCAGAGGCAUGUCUCCAGAGGAUGACCUCCAUAGUCCCCCCCUUGGUUUCAGCUCUACCAGGGAUGAUGCCACUCUGAGCUGUGGGGAUCUAGCUAGCUCUCAUGAGCUGGGAAGAAGGAGCAGAGCACGCAGCAGUCUCCACACAAGGACCCCAGAGACUGACAUCAGUUGUCAUGGAGACUCUGUCGAUGGAAGAAGUCCUUUCCUGAAAACACUGAUGGAUGCAGAAGCAGCUGCCAACUCUGCUGCCGUACAACUUGUGUCUUUUAAAGACGCCAUGGAGGAUGAAUUUGCUGAGUCAAGACAGUCUGCUGGUGAUAAGCGGCGAGUUUCAAGGCAGAGAGGACUUUUGCUGGAGAAGUUGGAGGAUUUUAGACGAAUAAACAAGUCUGUUCGACAGAAACUGAAACAGCUUCAAGAUGCAGAGGCUGAUCGAAUUGACGCCGACUGCCAAACUGACAUGUUAUUAAAGAAGAUCACACUGGCUGAGAGGGAAAAUGAGCAUUUAAAGAGAGAUUUGAAUGAGGCAGACAGAAAAGUUGAGGAACUGAUGAAUCUGCGGAGAGAAGAGCAGGAGAAGAUAAAGAGUGCAGUUCACAUGACCAAGUCUGUGGAGGUGACUCGUGCUCACCUGCAGGGGCAGCUGCGCAACAAGGAAGCUGAAAACAAUCGUCUGACUGUGCAGCUGCGGACGGUGGAGAGAACCCUGACCGAGCAAAAGAUGGAGAUUGAUGAUCUGAGAAGCUCCAUCGCCUCUUUGACUGAGAAGGCAGCACAGGACAAGGAAUCUCUCAAGAAAGCGACCCGCGCGCAGAAACUGAGAGCUGAGAGAUUUGAAGCCGCGAUUGAGAAAUGCUAUGCUCAAUUAAAGGAAAAGGAUGCUCAGCUGACCAAGGCCCGUUUAGAACAAGAUUCCAGGAGAAGGCAAAAAGAGAGGGAGGCAGAGGAGAAAGAGAAACUUGUAGCUCAUACAGAGCUGUUGAAAAGUCAAAUUGCGGACAUGACAGCGAGGCUGCAGAUGGAGAAGGAUGAGCUUACUGCAGCUAAUGAAAUUGUGAUGCAACGCGUUGAAAAACUCAGCGCUGAAAACGGAGACCUCAGCGUCAAUAAUGCAACACUGAAGGUGUCUCUCGCUCAGCUGGAGCAGCAGCUGGCUGAUUGUGAGUCUGCCCUGGUAGAAGAAAAGGUUUCCUCUCAGGAGAGGAAACAUCAGGCCGAACAGUGCCAACAUGAGGUUUCACAACUUCAAGCUGAGAUAGAUGAUCUGAGGAUGAAAUACGCAAAUCUUUUAAGAGAGGCAGAGAGGACACGAGAUGGAAAAGAUGCAGAAGUUGAGAAGGUGAGGCAGGAGCUGCAGGGGCGUGUGGACGAACUGAAGUCUUACCCUGAGUUACUGAGCGCAGCUGAGCAGAGUCUCUUCGAGUGCCAGGAGAACCUGCGCCGCUCGGAGAGGAAGUGCUCAGAAAAGUCAGAGUCCGUUAAGCAGCUGCAGGUUAAGAUGGAGAGUCAGGCAAAACUGCUGAGAUCAUCUGUGGAGAUGAAGGAGUCCAUUCAUGAUGCCAAUUUACAACUACAGGACAAAGUGAAUUCCCUCCAAACGAGGAUGGACAAGCUGCAGCAGGAGAACCUGGAGCUGGUACGGAGGCUCGCAGCUCAGGAGGAAGCUCUCAGCUACAGCAACCGGCAGCUGGAUCAACGCUCGUCAGAGUGCCAGGCCCUAAGCCGGCAGCUGGAGGCAGCUCUGUCGGACGUCAAACAUCAGGUCGACAAGGUAAAAGGCCAGGCUGCUGCCAGAGACGAGGCCCUUCAGACCAAAAUCUUGGAGCUGGAAGCCGAGAAGAGCAGGAGGGAAAACGAGCUGAGGCUUCUCCGCCAGAGCAAGCUCACAGCGGAGAAGCAGUUCCAGGUGCGUCUGAAGGACCUGCAGCUCAGCCUGGACCAAUCAGAAAGCCACAAGCAAAGCAUUCAGAACUACGUGGAUUUUCUCAAAAACUCUUACACAACAAUGUUUGAUGAGGGCCUGCAAUCAUCAACCUUUGGAUCAUCAUAUUUUCUAAAAUGAUUAAGUAUGAACUUGUUUGCAUUUUUUAAAAUUAAUUUAUGCUGUAAUAUUUAUAAGGGCUAUUUAAAAAUCAGAAAAGAGGAAGAGUUAUUCACCUCUACAUGUAGCUGAAAAUCUGUGACUUUUCUCCAGCCAGAUAUCAGGGAAAUCUGCUGUUGUCAUGAGAGGUUUUGAUAGCUGUUUUUAGAUCAUCACAUGUUAUUUUUACAUUUUUUCGAUUGUGAACUCUUGGUGCUACUGUGUCUUAUUCCAAUAUGACAAGGAGCCAGUUGCAUAAAUGAACACUGAACUUAGAUUGUUCAGUAAGGCUAAUGGUUCCAGGUUUGCAAAUGUAAGGGUUUGCUGCUUUUUUUUUUUUUUUUUUUUGAUAACUUUAAAUCAAAUUCAUUUGGGUUUUAGACUGUUGGUCAGAUAAAACAAGCAGUCUUAAGGAAUGUGAGUAACUGUAACUGAUAUUUUGUCACUAUUUUUCCAUAAUUCAUGGAUUAAAAUCAUGAAUUAAAAUUAAAGGGUUUUCCAGCUGUAGAAAAGUAAUGUGCCACUAGAUGGAGCUGUUUUGUUAGCUAAUCUUUUUCAAUUCUGUGGAGUGUCUGGUUUUAUCCACAGUGAUGAUGGCUUAACUCCAUUUAGCUGCUUUGUUUUCAGGGUUCUGGUGCUCGCUCACUGUCAUACUGUCAUGUCUUAGUGGGAUAGUCAAAUACAACGGAGCCAUCAUUAAUGUUAAAAGUAUCACCUGUACUUUACUUACUAUGACAAGUCAAAAUGUUUGUUGUGAAAAAAGGCCGAUGCAUCAUAUGCUUGGUUGUCAGUCUUACUUCCUUCACCACUAAAUGAGUCCUAUGCUGCAUGCAAAGCUAAAUUUGCAGGUGUAAGAGUAGAUCAAUCUUUAUGCAAGUGGCUCCAGACCAAACUUGUUUUUUCUUUGCUGUACCUACACCUCAUUCUGAGAGUUAUGUUACGGUGCUUAUGUCAGAAAUGUAGACUUAAGUCCCUUGACUUGGACUUGAGUCAGACUCGGGACACAAAUUUGUUGACUUGAAACUCAACAUGAAAAAAUGUCUGUUUCUCAUUCAUCCAGUUUGUGGUAAUCUUGAGUGCUAUAUCGUAGGCAACUGGACUUGCUUGAGUUUCCUGAAGAUGUUUCGCCUCUCAUCCAAGAGGCUUCUUCAGUUGUACCGGACUGGUGUGGAGUCGGAGGCCUGAAGCAGCCUUCAGACCAAAGAUUCGUCUCGCAAUGACUUGCAACUACAUGCACCCAUUUGCAACUACAUGGCCUUGCAACAGUACAGUUUAUACCAAGGCACCGAGGUGAGACUAGCGACAUCACUGAAACUGCUGUUGUCUCUACAGCAACGGGUACGUUACAACGGCACGUGAAGCUGAACAGCACAACAAACCCCAGAGAGCACAUGGAUGCAUCAGCAGAGCACAACCAUUCUUGUAUGCGACCGUCUGUGGUUGGAUACCCUAAGGCAGGUCUAUUCAAUUACAAACUCAACUGGGCCGGAUUUUAAAACCAGAAAAUGACAAGGGGCCGCAUUUUUAGGGUGUGUGUGUGCUGUGAGGAGGAGGUCAGCCCUGACAUGCAGAGAGCAGGAGAGAGGCUGCAGCAUGAUGAUACAUGAAUCCAAAACUUUAAAAAGCAACGAUAAGAGCCAAGAACGUCGGAGCUUAUUAUUAUUACGUUCUUGAUUAAAUUCACAUACGGCCCACAUUGGUACCCAGCUCUACAAAAAGAAAGCACGAGCUUGCUGCUGAUUGGUUACAAGAUUCAAGACAGUUUGCGACAAACGAUUGAAAAGGUUGAAUCCCUUGCAACUGCAUGAGCUGACCUGAGCAGAUACGCAACUGAGUGAUUCAGACCACUGCAACUUUUCUCUGCAACAUCCUGAAACCGUUUUGUUGCAUCUGGAACCAAGGUUUGGAAUCCUUGGGUUGAACUGGCCUUUACAGUUGUUGAGGUCAUGUGAACUCUGAGCUUCAGAGUCAUUAAGGUCACCUGUGAGUUGUUGGCACAAGAUGGCCGAAUGGGUCAACGACUCACAGGUCACCUUAGCGACUCUGAAGCUCAUGGUGCUUUCGUUUUGUACUCGGAAGUCGGAAGUGGGAAUGAUGUCACCUCCGAGUUGACAACAGUUUUUGCAUUCUAGUUGACAACGGUGGACAAGUCGGAUAAAAACACAGACGCCCGCAAUAAAGCCUUUGUUUCCCUUGCACUUUCGGAGUAUAGACAGCUUCAGACACAUCAUGCACUCCAACUGAUGAACGCUGCAGAUGAGGCUGACCUAAUGUAAAACAAAUAAGAUAAAAUUGCUACAAACAGUACUUUAGCAGAGUGUUUACUCAAUAUGUAUGUGACCGGCAGCCAUCUUGAAUUCAUAAGUCGGGGUUGAUGCGGUUGCUCCGAGUUUCCUGCCUUAUGUGUGCGUCCACCAUUCACCGACCUGUCUGCCCCUGAACCCAGAGACUGUGUGUGGGCUUUGAGCCCGAAGAAUGAACUAUUAAUUGAAUAUCUUCGGCGGCUCAAGUUUCUGUUUAUUCUGUGCUUUAAGUAAAGGUCAUUACCAACUGUCACUGAGUGCUGCGUUUGGGUUCAGUCACAUCUGUUCUAAUUACAUUUGGUGAAGAGUGCAUCAUGACUUGGUUAGGACUCAGAACUCAAAGUUUAAGGCUUGAGACUUGAGUACAAAGGCUUCAGGCCUUUCCCAAUACCCACACUUCCCCUAGAAACACCCACUUGCACUUGGUUGUGUGCGUUCACGUUUAGGCUAGUGGUGUCCCAAAAUAGAACUGAGGUAGUGGAAGUGGUUUCCAACACUUAAAACCCGCCCUAGAUUCCAAGGGAGCCCCGACCCACACUUAAGACGAGGUGGAAGAUGACAUUUCCCACAACACCAUGCGAAGUCAGCAACUGCGGCAAGUUUUGGAAAAUAAUUUGUUACUGUACCAUCAGAACGUAGGCUAUACAAACAACAGAUGGUUGGACUAGCAUAAACUCAUCAGCAACUUGACAAAAAAUAUUUAAACAAAUCGACUUACCCGAACAAAAUCAAUCAGAACUAGAAGACGUCAUAGGCGCCUCCUGUUUUUAGCAUUUCUUCUCUGUUGAUUCAUAAGACAGAGAAGGUGUGUUUUCAAACCUGAAUGACUUCCGGUGUCAUGCGCCACUACUACACGUGACGUAUGCCUGCACGUCGGCCAUGCCAAUUUGCAUGAUAUGGUGUCUCAUUUCUUAGGGAAAGAUCUCUACCCUAAUAUUUCUAACUUCUCUCAUCAAGGGUUAUCUCGCAAACGAGGGCACUCAAUACCAAGUGGAAGAUUUAAGGGGUAGAAAUGGGAUUGGGCCUUAGACUCACCUGUGACCUCUUGCAAAACAAGACAUGGUCCCACCUCUGGCAUAUGUCCCUGCUAACUUUACCAGUGGUUAAGCCAUGUUUUCCAACAUGAAACAAGCUUCAACUUGGCUCCCCAUUAAACCACCAAAAGUUUAACUACUUUGUCUGACUCAUAAUUUGGGAAAUCAGAGUCUUGGCACUCAGAAUGCUUAUUUCCCCUUUAUCCUGCUGAUUCUGAGAACAAA